CCGCAUCGCGCGCCCGUCUGCGAACAGUGUCAACAGCAUACCCAAACAUGGUACAAAUAGCUAUCUAAGCAGGUCAAGGGGUAUGUCUAGUCUUGCAUACAACUACACAAAGUUCAACUGGGAGGAUGCACUGAACCUGGAUUCCCAGCUUACUGAAGAUGAGAAGAUCAUGCGAGACGCUGCGCAUAACUAUUGUCAGGAUAAGCUCAUGCCACGCGUGCUGAUGGGCAAUCGGAAUGAGAGUAAGUGUGUCAUGGCUACGGAUGUACUAUUGAGAGAGACCGACAAGUUAGAUACCAUGGGUUUGUGUAGAGACACACAGGAUGCAGGAUAUUAA